AUGUUCAACUCUCGGCCCCGGUUCGAGGAUUUGCCCUUGCGGGAAGGAGAUCCCCCUUGGUCUGCCUGGGGACUUUAUGGACCAGAUGACGAGUUAGGAACCUUGAACUUACUGAGUGCGCAAACUGUGCUGAAGGCCUCCGAAGAAAUUCGCACAGGACGUCGUUUUGGCUUAGACCUUCCAAUUGAUUAUUUAACAGCCCCAAGUCACGGGCGCACAGCGCUUUCACAUACUGUUAUCUGGAAAGCACCACGUGCGGUACACGAUGAUGAGAUCGCUUUCAAUACUCAGAUCUCGACUCAAUGGGACGGGCUGCGCCAUAUCGGGUAUGCUCGUGAGGGUUUAUGGUAUAACGGGGUGCGCCAACCCCAUAUAUCAGGCGAGGACGGAGAGAGAACAACUACACUGGGAAUUCAUGCGUGGGCAAAGCAGGGUAUCGUUGGUCGGGGCGUUUUGGUCGACUACUAUCACUGGCGGAUGAAACAACAUAAACCGUUUGACACACAAGUAGCCCAUGAAAUCACCCUGGAUGAAAUCAUCGCUUGUGCCAAAGACCAAAAUCUCGAGUUUCAACCCGGGGACAUCCUUUUUAUUCGAUCGGGCUGGCGGGUGGGAUAUGAGCGGCGGACCGUCGAGGAAAAGCUGCAAUGGUCGACUGACUCUCCAACUUGGAUAGGAGUUGAGGCUUCGCUUCGGAUGGUGAAAUGGUUGUGGAAUACUGGCUUCAGUGCGUGUGCCGGCGAUGCUCCCGCCUGGGAGUGUUUACUCAACGGUCAACCGCCGGUACCUGACGAGGCCAUGAAAGGAUACAUUAGCCACGAGAUCAUGAUUGCAGGAUGGGGAAUGCCCAUUGGUGAGUAUUUCGAUCUUGAGGAACUGAGCGCCGAGUGUCAUCGUCAAUCUCGGUCCUUGGCCUCUCACAGUGGUCCGACUGCGUCAAAGCUGGCAGUUAAUGUCUGGCAGCAAAUAGAUCUGUCUCCCCAGUAA